AUGCGAUCUCGGAAGGCAGGCAUCCCUUUUCCAAAACGAGCUCGGAAGUGGGAGCUUUGCCCUCAGAGCACAUUCUACACUAGCACCCUCUCCAUCUCAACUGUAACUCUGUCUGAUAUUGGAACUUACAGCUGCAUCGCCACAUACACACACAGUGAUGGAUCCAACCCUGUUGUUUUGAGUGGAACUGUUGUGGUGACUGUGAGAGGAUUUGAGACCCAUCCUGCUGAUCAGACAGCAGAUCAAGGGUCGGAUGUGGUGAUGAGUUGUGUGGUUGUCGGGGAUCAGAGGGCCAGCAUCUCUUGGACACAAGAUUCGGAGGACUUAUCAGGUGACGAGGAUGUAUACGAUGAGCCCAACAAGAAGACCACAAGCACACUGACUAUCAGAUCAGCAGUAGCAGAUAAUACGGGGGUGUAUAAGUGUAGGGCUGACUUUGGGGGGACUGUUGUUGAGAGCGACACUGCUACUCUCACUGUCAUUGAUAUUGGCAUUAUUGGAGACCCCACCAACGCAGCGUACCUAGUAGGAGAGGAUGCUGUUCUAUCCUGUACAAUAAGGAACCCAGCCAGCUCCACCCUUACAGUUACCUGGUACAGGGCUGUUGGUCAGACUGACACUCCCCUGGAUCUGACCCUCUUCAACUUUGAUUAUUCUAACCCUGCAACUUCAACCCUCACGUUUUCUUCAGCGACAAUGGAUAAAUCAGGUGUUUACAAAUGUGAGGCUGAUUAUGUGAUUAGUGGUCAGACUUUCACCAAAACAAGUGGAACUGCUAAUCUAUAUAUCAGAGAGCUGUCGAAAACACUAAACGAGUACACGGCUGCUAAUUCCUUGGGUGGAUCACAAAGAUUUACUUGUGAGUAUCAUGGAGACGAUAAUGUGGAGGGCGUCACGUGGGUUUACAAUGAGGGAGCUCUGCCGGCUGGUUACUCUGUUACUCAGGGCAGUUACGGAGGAAAUACGGAGAAAUGGGAAACAGUUUUAACAGUAGACCCGAUUUUAAAGUCCAGUGGGGGAGCGAUUAAAUGUGCUUUCUCAUUCUCCGGAACCGGCCAGGACAUAACAUCAACCACAACCUUUAGGGUUCGAUCUGUGGAUCCUCUGGACGCGGAGGUUUUAUCUAGUUUAGAAUCGUACACUGUUACCUGUACCUACAAGGGAAAUGAUGAGCCCUCUGUGUUGUGGGUGGUAGCUGGGUCAAUCGUAUCUGAAUCUGAUGAGGGAAUAUCUAUAAAUACCGGAUCUGUGAACCACGACACGAAUGAAAGGAACGAUCAGCUGAUUGUCUCGGGACGAAUUUAUUCAGAUGCCAGCAAACCAAUCACCUGCAAAUACAUGUUCACGGACCCCGCGGCAGAACUAACAGCUUACACUGUGUUGAAGUUCAGAGGUUUGACGAGCGGAUUGAACUCAAAAUACUACUCGAGUGGAGCAGCCGUCAUAAUGCAGUGUGGACUUGGAGUUGGUUCAGAAGGUGCAGAUCUAGGUGAAGAUCUACCUGCAGGUGCAGAUCUACCUUCUUCAGAAGGUGCUGCACCUAGAUCUACCUUCUGGUACAAUAUCGACGUAGAUGCCAAUGACCCCCUAGUUACGGGCUCUACUUACAAGGUAACAACAGAUACCGAGGUAAACAACGGACUCUUCAAGACCACACUGACCAUCAAAGAAGAGGGAAUCACCACAACAAAUGCUGGGGUCUACAUGUGUAUGUUCUCUGUAUCUGAUAGUGAGAGUUAUGCAUCUAAAGGCAGACUUAUAGUGGGGCUUGUUCGCACACUUCCUUCCGAAGACAGGGUAUAUAGUUACGCUAAUGCAGGGUUGCAGCUCAGUUGUAUUCUUGAUGCGAGUGAUGAGGUGUCUGCUAUUACAUGGUCAGGUCCCGAUGGGAAGAUAGACCCUUCGCAGUAUAGUAGUGACCAGGACGACCCCAACACUCACAUUCUGACCCUAACAAGCCGAGCUUCCAGUGGUGAAUACAGGUGCUCGUUUGUUUUAUCUGAGGGAAAUGUACCUGAGGGUAUUUUCCCUGAUGUGAACUUGAACCUGGUAGAGAUGUUCCAUGCAGAUCUGACUGUUCCUGAAGUAUCAUGGCUGAAUGGAGACAUUGCAACUCAAGAGACACCUGAGGCUUUGGUGGUAGCAGAAGAUAGCUCUACCAUUCAGAGCAAAUUGCCCAUUACCAUAUCCCUGGAAAACGACAACAGUGUUUACAAAUGUGUCAUUACUUACAGCGGGCUUGCUACUCAUGCUGGGAACUCCCUGGAAAAUUCAACAACCGUCAUAAUGAACAAGAUUGUAACCAGCUCCCUCGACGCCCCUGUCCAAGUGUUCGCCGGAGACUCAACCACACUCUUCUGUCUUGCCACGGCAGCACCAGGUGUAGAUAUUAAGUGGAGGAAGAAAGCGGCAGAUUACACCGGACAAAACCAGAACUACAUCACUCUGAUAGCUGAGCAAGAAGAUUAUGACAUCCAGACUGGCACUAGGAAAAGUAUUUUGACUCUGUCUUCGCUGAUGGGAACUGAUGCUAGUGACUCUAUUGAGUGUUAUGAUGAUACUGUUGGGAUUUCUGAAGUAAUCACUUUAGAAGUUAUCGAGGUAGUCGCAAAAGAUAGCGAAGUUCUCAAGGACACAGCGGCAACAAUAUCUUGUGUAGUGAACGGCCUGACAAAGCAAUUGGACGCAGUAACAUGGGAGAAACCUAGUUCGGGUGGUGUUAUAACUCACGGUACUGCUGCUGAGGACUAUCAGAUUGCCGUUGGAACUUACGAUUCUGGUUCAAACAGUCAAACUACAGUUCUGACAAUUCCUGCCUCUGCAAACGGGGCUGAUGCUGCUAUCACUCCUGUUGACAUGUCAGCAACCACCGCUGUGGAUCAGACAUUGGUCUGCAAUAUCGGAGACGUAACUACAGCUGUUACUGUAUCAUGGACGAGUGGAGAUAACACCCAAAUAACAGACGGUCAGGGAGGAUACACUAUCACGCAAGGGACAGUUAGCAGCAAUAUCCAGGAAUCUAGUCUGACCAUCACAGCUGCUACGCUACAAGCACAGGACUACAAGUUCAGCUCCGUGAUAUGGAAGUGUGCAGCUAAGUCCUCACAAUACGCAGACUCAGAGCAGUCUGAAUACCAAGAUCUCACUGUCACUUUCCUUACUUUAGAGGUAGUCGCAAAAGACAGCGAAGUUCUCAAGGACACAGCGGCAACAAUAUCUUGUGUAGUGAACGGCCUGACAAAGCAAUUGGACGCGGUAACAUGGGAGAAACCUAGUUCGGGUGGUGUUAUAACUCACGGUACUGCUGCUGAGGACUAUCAGAUUGCCGUUGGAACUUACGAUUCUGGUUCAAACAGUCAAACUACAGUUCUGACAAUUCCUGCCUCUGCAAACGGGGCUGAUGCUGGUUACACAUGUGUCAUUCAAUGUGACGAGCAUGGAAAGACAUCAGGGGGGUCUGAAGAGAAAACUAAUGUUAACUCGAACGUGUUCACUAUCACUCCUGUUGACAUGUCAGCAACCACCGCUGUGGAUCAGACAUUGGUCUGCAAUAUCGGAGACGUAACUACAGCUGUUACUGUAUCAUGGACGAGUGGAGAUAACACCCAAAUAACAGACGACUCAGAGAAGUCUGAAUACCAAGAUCUCACUGUCACUUUCCUUACUUUAGAGGUAGUCGCAAAAGACAGCGAAGUUCUCAAGGACACAGCGGCAACAAUAUCUUGUGUAGUGAACGGCCUGACAAAGCAAUUGGACGCGGUAACAUGGGAGAAACCUAGUUCGGGUGGUGUUAUAACUCACGGUACUGCUGCUGAGGACUAUCAGAUUGCCCUAUCACUCCUGUUGACAUGUCAGCAACCACCGCUGUGGAUCAGACAUUGGUCUGCAAUAUCGGAGACCUGCUACGCUACAAGGAUUGACUACAACUUCAGCUCCGUGAUAUGGAAGUGUGCAGCUAAGUCCUCACAAUACCCAGACUCAGAGAAGUCUGAAUACCAAGAUCUCACUGUCACUUUCCUUACUUUAGAGGUAGUCGCAAAAGACAGCGAAGUUCUCAAGGACACAGCGGCAACAAUAUCUUGUGUAGUGAACGGCCUGACAAAGCAAUUGGACGCGGUAACAUGGGAGAAACCUAGUUCGGGUGGUGUUAUAACUCACGGUACUGCUGCUGAGGACUAUCAGAUUGCCGUUGGAACUUACGAUUCUGGUUCAAAGAGUCAAACUACAGUUCUGACAAUUCCUGCCUCUGCAAACGGGGCUGAUGCUGGUUACACAUGUGUCAUUCAAUGUGACGAGCAUGGAAAGACAUCAGGGGGGUCUGAAGAGAAAACUAAUGUUAACUCGAACGUGUUCACUAUCACUCCUGUUGACAUGUCAGCAACCACCGCUGUGGAUCAGACAUUGGUCUGCAAUAUCGGAGACGUAACUACAGCUGUUACUGUAUCAUGGACGAGUGGAGAUAACACCCAAAUAACAGACGGUCAGGGAGGAUACACUAUCACGCAAGGGACAGUUAGCAGCAAUAUCCAGGAAUCUAGUCUGACCAUCACAGCUGCUACGCUACAAGCACAGGAAACAAGUUCAGCUCCGUGA